AUGCUGAGAACGCCCAAAGGUGGUAAGAAGAAGACGCCGAAGAAGAAAACUCCCGCGAACAGUGCGAAAAAAAGUGACGCUCAAAAGAGCGAGACGAAAGACAAAAGUGAAGUGAAAGUGGUUCCGGUGACGCCGAUUAGCGAGCAGCUCCAAGAACAGCGCCGAAAAGAGGAAACGCGGAAGAUGGAGGAGCAGCUGAAAGUGCUGAUGCGGCAGCGGGACGCGGUGGCGGAAAAGCUGGAGCGGGUGAAAGCUGCAAUCAAGACUACGCCGGAGCAACCGAACCAACACCUGAAGAAUCUGCACUUCCUGAAGUUGCAGUUGAAGACGGUGGAGGCCUGCUACGGAGAGUACAACGCGUUCCAGAACCAGGUCUACGGACUGGUACUUACACCAGAUGAGGAGAAGCAGCAUCGAGCAUGCUACCUGAAGUUUGAGGCGCUGCACAACAAUCUGACGAUCCAGCUCAACGAGUUGAUCGAGAAGCUUUCGAAGCCGAGCGUCGCGCUCGUCCCAGCGGGGCCCGCGACUGCGGUUGCCCCGCAAUACCUGCCGCCCCUCAGAGUGCCCUUACCGAAGUUCGACGGCACUUACGAGAACUGGUUCUCGUUUAAGUGUAUGUUUAAGAGCGUGAUGGACCGGUAUCAAGGCGAGGCUCCGUCGAUGAAGCUGUACCACCUUCGAAACUCGCUGGUUGGGAAGGCGGAAGGCGUGAUCGACCAGGACAUCAUAAACAACAACGACUACGAGGCAGCGUGGGCUCUCUUGGUGGAAACCUACGAGGACAAGCGAGUGAUUAUCGACAAGCACAUCGAAGCUUUGUUCAAUCUGCCGAAGAUCACAAAUGACGACGCCGUCGCGUUCCGGAAAUUGAUUGACACGUGCGUCAAGCACAUCGAGGCGUUGAAGAAUCUGCAACUUCCUGUCGACGGAUUGGGUGAGCAGAUGCUGAUGAACCUGCUGGCAGCACGGAUGGACAAGGAGACGCGGUUGGCGUGGGAAUUGCAACGAAAAGCCGGAGAGCUACCGACGUACGCGGCCACGAUCGCGUACUUAAAGGAGAAGUGCCGAGUUCUGGAGGUGGUCGAGCAGUGCAGUGAAACAGUGGAAAAAGUGAAGCCGCACAGAUCGGUAGCGAUGCUGAUAGCUGGUACGCAGAAGUGUUCCGUAUGCAACCGGCAACACGGUUUGAACGGGUGCGAGCAGUUCAAGGGAAAAUCCGUCAACGAGAAGUACAACCAUUUGCGGAAAUGUGGGUUGUGCUUCAACUGUUUGAGGAGAGGACAUCGCGUGGCAGCUUGUACUUCCAUGAGCACCUGCAAGAUCUGUGGCAAGCGGCAUCACACCAUGCUCCACACUGAUGGAGUGAAGAAGCAGAUGGUCGUUCCGAUUUCGCCGGCGCCGAUUACGCCGAAGCCAACGGACAAACGCCGGCCAGGCCCUGCAAGGAAACAGACCCUUCUUUCGACCGCCGUCGUACUCGUCAACGGCAGAAGCAGCGGCCUGCACUUGUGUCGGGCGCUCAUAGACUCCGGGUCGCAGCACCACUUCGUCACGGAACGAUUUGCCAACAAACUGGCGAUCAAGAAGGAGCGUGCCAACUACCAGGUUAGUGGUUUGCACGAAAGCCAAACGAGGAUCAGCAACUUGGUCCGAACGACGGUGAAGUCCCGCGUCACUGAUUUCUCGACUGAGCUAGAGUUGUUGGUCACUCCGAGAAUCGUCGCUGACCUGCCGCCGGAAUCAGUCGACAUCACAAGCUGGAACCUGCCGCCAAACAUUGAACUCGCCGAUCCAAGGUUCAAUUCGGCAGGUCAGAUUGAUAUGCUCUUGGGAGCUGGAUUGUUCUGGAACCUGAUCAAGUCUGGGAAAAUCACGCUGGCGGAGAACUUGCCCUCGCUUCGAGAAACUGAGUUCGGAUGGGUGGUUGGCGGUGUCUUGAAGCAUGCAGCAGAGUGA